UUUCUUUUGUUUUCUUUCUCUUUCUGUUCACAAGUCACGAGCCACAGUUUAGUCUUUUGGUUUUUGAUAAGAAGACAUGUUAUUCUUGUUCUUUUGAAUGGAUCUAACGGUUUUUGUUUUGCUGUCAGUCUGCAGUCACCAGUUUGUCACGGAAGCUACACAACCUCAGAUUAUUUGCUCUUCUGAGCCAGUACAAGCAGUCUACAGUGAACAUGUCCUCCUUCAGUGCUACCUUAAGCCCCCACUGAAUGCAGCAUCUGAGACAGUGAAGUGGACUCGUGGGAAUGACGUUGUAAUCCUUUGUCAAAAUGGAAAGUAUAAUCCUGGAGCACAGAGAGAGCAUUUUGAAGAGCGGGCUGCUCUCUCCCAGGAGGCGUUAACCAAAGGAAAUCUGUCACUGAUGCUGACCUCACUAAAACUCACUGACACCGGGAGAUACAAAUGCUGCUUUAUCACUGAUAAUGUGGAGAAAAGUUGCUAUGUUAACCUCACUGUUGGGGAGUCUGAUGUGAUUGGCUCAGAUGAACCAGUCAAAGCAAAUGUGGGUGAGGACGUCAUUCUGCCGUGCCACCUGGAGCCCCCAUUUAAUGUGUCGACUCUCACAGUGGAGUGGAAACACAAUAAAACUUAUGUGCAUGUUUAUCGAAGUAUGAAACAUGAUCCAAAUCAACAGAACAGUCGCUUUAUAAACAGAACAUCUCUCUUCUGCGACGAAAUCGGGAAAGGCAACAUUUCCUUAUUACUGAGAAAUGUGAGCAAAGAAGAUGAAGGACUCUAUAUAUGUCAUGUUCCCAAACUGCAUAGUCAAGUCAGAAAGGGGAACAUUACACUAAAAGUUGAUGCAGCAAAACAUGAUACAAAACAACAGUUUAAUGAAUCAAUUAAUAAUAAUAGCACUAAUAACACUAAUGGUGCUGAUGUCACUACUGUCAUCAUUCCUGUCAUCAUUGCUGUCAUCAUUGUCAUCAUUGUCAUCAUUGUUGCUUUGUACAUCUGGAAACGUUGCCAAAACCGAAGACAAACUGGAGAGCAAAAUGAUCAUCCAAACAAUGAGCAAGUGGAACAGCAACAAGACAUUCCAUUGAGAGAAGAGCAAGAACAGCCAAACCCUGACAACUUGUCAAACAGCUUGGUUUCCUCGCAGAACAUAAAUUAAUCGCAAAAGAUCUAUGUGUUGGUUUGUGGUCAUGGACAUGAAUUGUUUUGUUUUUCUUAAGUAAAAAACUAUAAGGAAACUGUUAGGUAGAGCGUUGUUGUUUGCUUUAUACUUGUGUGCUGAUAUGUAUUUUUCCUCUGCCAUAAAAAGUGCAACAUAUGUUGAACUUUCAACUGAUGAUAUUUGGUACAUAAGAAAAUGCUUGAAACCAUUGUUUACUAUUACAAAAGACCAGUCAUUCAUAAUGUGAAUAAUGAAUUGCAACAUUUAUUAUAACUGGUAGUUGUCUCAAAGAGCUAAAGGUCAGCAACACCAUAGCUCGUUGAAUGAACCACUCUCCUCAUUGAUACUUCCUUUUGUAGUGUCUGUUUUUAUCUGUCCAACUUCUUAAACUAAAAAGAGUUUUUAUUUUUUUUCUACUUCCAACCAACAAUUCCUGACAAAUAUGAAAAUUAGGCUCAUUCAUAAAGGAUGUUUAUAACAAAAACAUGUUAUCGUUUACAUGAUACAAUAUCAACAAAACAAUAUUUUGUUUCAUUAUUUGUGCUCGUGAUAACUGCUACAUGAUUCUCUUUGUUGUCUCUCUGUAUAAACCUUCUGUUAUCACGUUAUUUCACCAAUUUCUAAGAAAAUGAUGAAGUGUUAACAUCAGAUCUAAAACAUCAAAUCUGAAGUUUGAAACUGUUCCUUGGUAUUACUAGUUUUAAACCUGGUGCCUUUGUACAUGAAGUCUUUUAUACAGUAUGUGUGUCACGCUGACCUAGUAGGUGUGGCUGUUACUCUUCUCUUCCUCUUCUCUUCCUCCUCCUGCCCACUACCUGCUCUGUGUUGCUGCUGAUUAGACCUUGGCUGUGUCCGAAUUCAGGGGAAGGAUGCUUAAAAUGCCAUAUUUGGAGGCAAUGACGUCACAGCGACGCGACGAGGACUGUCCGAAUUCAAAGAGUACUCAAAAUGUGGCGACAAAUGUGUCCUACUUUUCCGCGAAUUUGAGGGUUAGUCGUGUCCGAAUUCAGGUGAAGGAUGCGCCAAUGCCAUUUUUGGAGGCAAUGACGUCACAGCGACGCAACGAAGGCUGUCCGAAUUCAAAGAGUACUCAAAAUGUGGCGACAAAUGCAUCCUACUUUGCCCUGAAUUCUAAGGAUGGUCCGAUGUAUCCUUCAUGUGCUACUAUAUCCCAGGAGUCAUUGCGGGUCAUAGAGGAGAUUUGUUUCUGAUAACGAUGGUGGUCGAAGCAGGA